AUGAGAACGGCUUCUAAAUUAGCUUUAUCUUACGUUAUAAGCUUCUUAAUUGGGCUUACCAUACUCUGUGGUAACUAUAAUAAGGCCAAUGCGUGGGGGCCAAUUGAUCCCACGGAGGGUUUCAUCUCCCUGCCCUUCAACCAGUCAUUCUACCACAUUCAGAAGCCGUAUGAUGUCCAAGAAGAUGAACGUUACAGCUUCUGCGAUGGAGUCCACCGAUGCUGGGUGUACUCGGCCGACAAGCCUCACACAACGACCAGCCUAACAAAGCCCCGAACCGAGAUUGCGAUUCAUGGUUAUAACUACUCGUCCGGAGUUUGGCAGUUUGAGGGGUACGGCUUCGUCCCCCGUGGGACGACCAAUGUGUGCAUCAUGCAGGUUUUUGGGGCGAGCCCUCCUCACGCCACGACCCUGAUGGUGAGAGUCUACAACGAAUCCCUUAUGUACUACAGGGGACCCGUCCUCCUUCGCGGUGCAUUUGACCGAUGGUUCAGGCUUAACGUGAUCCACGACGUGGACAAUUCAAAGGUGAAGGUGUACAUUGACGGAUACUUGAGAUUGGAGGCACAAGGCAGAGGUGGAACAUCCCACGCCUUUAAAUGCGGGGUCUAUGCCCAGGAUGGUGACUCCUAUUACAUGGAAUCUCGCUGGAAGGACAUCAAAAUCUUAAGAAAAUGCGAUUGACGUAUUGACCGGCCUUCGCUAUGAUAACUUAGCGGCCCGCCUCUAUCUCCGAUAUGUGCCCACGUCUUCUCGAGAAAUCGAGGUUGCUCUUCUUCAUCUCUUAAAUGCAAAAUUCCAUGAUUCCUGAAUGAUUUCGAAAAUCGAAUGUGUGGUACAAUUUGCAGUUUCGAAUUGGUUUCUUUUUUGUCGUAUAAGUCUGUUCAAGCA